AUGCUCCCACGGUCCCUCCUCCUACCCCUGCGCCGCAUGCUGUUCUCGUCUUCCCGCACCUUCCUGCGACAACGCCACAUCCACACGGCAACAUGCGCCUGCAACACCCUACUACGACCGAGCCUGCGUCAGGUCUGCGCACAGCCGCUCGAAGACCUCACAGCACGCUUUAAUGGCCUGCGGUUACAAACGGCGCAGCAGUCGCGGGGCAUGAAGGUUAGAAGCUCAGUCAAGAAGCUGUGCGAUGGGUGCAAGAGCGUGAGGAGGAAGAAGGGACGAUAUGUGUAUAUCAUCUGUAGCAAGAAUCCGAAGCAUAAGCAGAGGCAAGGAUAG